AUGGCAGAUGACUUUUUCCCCCGUCAGCCGGUGUAUGCACUGGUUCCAUCAUCUGGGCCAUCCAUUGAAAGUGACCGACUCCUCCUUCGCCCCGUCGAAGAUCGUGACACUGCAGCAUUAUUUGCCGUACGUGCUCGACCAGAAGUAGCAAAAACCAAUCACCCCAAAACGCCAUUCCAGUCAAUUGAACAAACAAAAGAAUGGCUAUCGAGCAAAAUAUUCAAGGCACCAGCCAGUGUCAUUGGUCGUUCGUUUGUGUAUUCAAUCGUGGAUAAAUCAAUUCCAGAUACCCAAGAACAAGUCAUUGGUUAUAUGGGCAUCAAUGCCGUCGACCCGUGUCCAGAAAUCGGAUACUCGCUUCUUCCAGAGUCUUGGGGUAAAGGGUUCGCAACGGAGGCAUUGCGAAUGAUGUUGAAGAUGUGGUGGGAUCUUCCCAGACUGGACCUGGAUGAUAUGGAUCGAGCCUCUGGAUUUGUGGAAAAGGUUUAUGCGCUUUGUGAGAAGAAUAAUCUUGGGAGUUGUGCGGUGUUGAGCAAGUGUGGGUUUGAUAUUGUGGAAGAAGUACGGUUUGGUACUGAUGAGCUAUACAUGUGGUCUGUAAAGAAGCCGGAGGGCUCUCAGAAUGUGGGUGCAAGUGUGCAAUAUCGCUACAUUGAGAUUUAG